CUACGUAGCUACAUAUGGACGGAUGGAGAGACAGUGGCAAUCCUCACUGAGAAAUGAUUAUACAAAGUUUUAAAGUAAUAAGAGUAUUAUGUAGGUAAAUGUCUAAAGGGUUGCCCUCGAGGUGGCCACCGGAAGUAGAACUUGUUUGCUAGUUUUUCGUUUGAACAACAGAUGGGUGAAAGUGAAGUGUUGGGUUGACCUUAAGGCCUCAUUUCUCGUUUUUGUAUCUAUUUGGCGGCCCUGGAGUGUUCACCGUUUAUGUUAUGUUCUGUAAUUCAACCCGAUGCUUGCAUUCAGUUAGACUAAUUUAACGUUUAGGUUACGCAUCACAGAUAGCUGUCUAUCUUUGUCGGAUGUUGUGGGCCAUAAAUGAGUUGACUAGCCGUCAGCAGGCUAACUAGCUAGCUAACGUUACCUUUCAAGUUAGAGUUAGCUCGCUUACUGUGUGUAGCGUAGCUGUCUUGUUAUCCAGCUAGCGUGGUGGCUUUCAGAUACGAACGGGGAUAUGUUUUGACAUAUUUGUCGUAAGUAACUUAGCGCUAGCUAGAGUUGUUUAAUUACAUUUGUUGAUUAUUUCCUUGAAUAUGAAAAAUAGGGCAUUUGUAAAUACUAACAACCAAGAUACCUAACUACCAAGCACAACGUUGUGAGCUAAGUCAGUUAGCUAGCCCUAUAUUAUUUUGUAAACCAAUGCUAACGUUUGAAGGUUUAGACUACUAGCUAGCUAACGUUUGCUAGUUUAUGGCUAGACCUAACGAAAUAGGCAGCCUGCAAGCGAGCCUUUCUCAAAUUGGCUGUUUGAGUAUUGGAGUGCUACGUUAGCUACCUAUUAUUAGAUAUAUAUCUAUAUAUUAGUAGUCGUUGAAGUCUGUUUUGCUAUUUACAACUUCGCUAUCCACCAACCAGGUAUUAGCCUUGAGCUAGUCCGCGGUGUUCUGUUGAUUAUUAGGCCUAAUACAGCACGUUUGAUAGUGGGAUUUUAACGUGGUCUGAACGUAUAAAACCUACAAAAUCCGUAAAGCUACGGGACAGCCAUGGGCGAUAGUAGAGAUUCACGCAGCCCAGACAGCUCCUCGGUUUCCUCCCCUCCCUCAGGCCAGUGUUCUCCUCAGGCAGCAUCCAUGACCUCCCUGCCUCCCAUCACUUCUGCAGUCAGCAGCCCCAUCAGCAGCCUGGGCUCUCCCUUCUCCGUCAUCAGCUCCUCCCUGGGAUCACCUGGGGCCCCUGGGACUCCCUCUGUGGGCUACAGCAACAUCAGCAACCCCCAGGUGAACUCCACGGUGUCCGUCUCGGGGCCGCAAUCGGUGAGCAGCUCGGACGACGUGAAGCCCCCACUCGGACUCAAGUCUCAGCCCGCCCACAGCCCUGGAGCCGUGAUGUCACAGAAACGGCUCUGCGGCAUCUGUGGGGACCGCUCCUCUGGGAAGCACUAUGGGGUGUACAGCUGUGAGGGCUGCAAGGGCUUCUUUAAGCGCACAGUGAGGAAAGACCUGAGCUACACCUGCAGAGACAACAAGGACUGCCUGGUGGACAAGCGCCAGAGAAACCGCUGCCAGUACUGCCGCUACCAGAAGUGCCUGGCCAUGGGCAUGAAGAGAGAAGCUGUGCAGGAGGAGAGGCAGAGGAAUAAGGAGCGCGAGGGGGAGAUGGAGUCCACCAGCGCGGUGAACGAGGAGAUGCCGGUGGAGAAGAUCCUGGAGGCGGAGAUGGCGGUAGAGCAGAAGACGGAGCUGCACUCUGACGGGAGCUCCGGGACCAGCUCUCCCAAUGAUCCGGUCACCAACAUCUGCCAGGCUGCAGACAAGCAGCUCUUCACCCUGGUGGAGUGGGCCAAGAGGAUCCCGCACUUCUCUGAGCUUCCCCUGGACGACCAGGUCAUCCUCCUGCGUGCAGGCUGGAAUGAGCUGCUGAUCGCCUCGUUCUCGCACCGCUCCAUCACGGUGAAGGACGGCAUCCUGCUGGCCACCGGGCUGCACGUCCACCGGAACAGCGCGCACAGCGCGGGCGUGGGGGCCAUCUUCGACAGGGAGAGUGCGCACAGUGCAGAGGUUGGGGCCAUAUUUGACAGGGUUCUCACUGAGCUGGUCAGUAAGAUGAGGGACAUGCAGAUGGACAAGACUGAGCUCGGCUGCCUCCGAGCCAUCAUCCUCUUCAACCCAGAUGCCAAAGGUCUGUCCAACUCCAGCGAGGUGGAGGUUCUGAGAGAGAAGGUGUACGCGUCAUUGGAGACCUACUGUAAACAGAGAUACCCGGAGCAGCAGGGCAGGUUUGCUAAACUCCUCCUCCGACUGCCAGCUCUGCGUUCCAUUGGCCUAAAGUGCCUGGAGCACCUUUUCUUCUUCAAAUUGAUUGGAGACACCCCCAUUGACACUUUCCUGAUGGAAAUGCUUGAGGCGCCCCAUCAGUUAACAUAGAGAAUGAUCCAGCCUGGAGCAGGGUUCUGAUUGGCUCUUGGUCCUGGGAAUCUGCAGUGACUGCAUUUCCUUCUUCCCCUGAGCAUUUACUUCCCAGGUCACCCAAGCAGCCGAUUGAACUGCCUGUAAUGCACAUGUGUGCGUUUGAGUGCAGCAUCCCAGAGGAAUACACCCUCACCAUGAAAUUCUAAUAUGCUGGUGCUUUUAAAUUCAUUUUAAGUCUUAACGAUAGGAGUAAGAAAAAUUUUGAAAAAUGUAAAACUUUGGUUUGCCACUGUGGCUUGUGUCUGACUUAGCAUCUAACCAAAGCUCAUAAUUUGAGUGUAUGUGUAUGCAGGGGAGGGAGGCAGAAGAAAAAUCGAAGCCAUGUUAAAGCUUUUUGACAUUGACGUUGAAGUUGACAUUAUAAUGCAGUCUGUGGUGCCCACCUGUGCAUUUUAUCCCUUUCACACUUUCAUCAAAUCCUGUCUUAUACGGUGCUUGCUGCUUCUCUCCAGCAUCAGUAUGAACUGUUCGUAAUGAUUAGAAUUACAUACCGAAUACAAAAUGUACUUCCCCUUGUUGAUCGAGAGCAAACCUGGAUGAGGUUGUGCUCUGAAACUCGACUGAACAGCCAGCAGCUACUCUUUCCAGGGGCAAGGGUGGUUCUCUGGAUAGAAUAGCCAAUAUGUCCUCUGGGAUAUUCGUAUGUUCUUGAAAUUGAAACCUAGGGAACGUAUUUGAUAUGGACUGGCCAAGCAGACUCUAAGCUCUUAAAGAGCUGAUGGGGGAAAAGAUGUUUGGUACAUUCCAAGGCAUGUUGGGCUGCCCCUCUGGUAAUCUUUUGGAACAGUCCUGAGGCAACAAGUGAAGAAUCCAGUUGCAGUCAGGGAUAUAGGAUAUACCAGUCUAUGCAUGUAACACAGUACACACAUUAAGCUAAAUACACGGAACCAGGAACUAGGGGAAUGCGUGCAUACAAAGUGUAAACAUUUGUAGGUAGAAGGAGAAUUAAUCAGCAGUUAAUUGCAAAUACAUCAAAUGUCAGGUUGCUGUGUUCUUAUUGACAGACCUUACCAGUCUUUAAAUGUGCAAUGAGCAUGGUAUAUUUAUCCCUAGGAUUCAUUUUUUUUUUUUUUUUUGAUCAUACAAUUUAAAUUUGCUUUUUACUUGAAGCGCGCACUCUAAACGUGCAAUCAUUUACAUUAAGAAAUCAACUAAAGUAAUGGGAAGUGUCUCUUCCCCCUUGGAUUUACCCUGAACAAAAAAUAAGCUAGGCUGACUGACCAGUAGUGAGGCCACACUGAACUGCGUCUGUUGAAGCGAUGUAAAGAUGCAGGCGAGACAAAGGUUCUUUAAUUUUUUUACACUUUGAAUACAGAAGGAGGAGUGCAACCUCUAGAAGACGUUGCUUCUCUCUUUAUAGUGCAAAUACAAAUUUUGAAAAGCUAGCGAGUGUUAUUCUGCUGGAACCCUCUCAGAGACUGCACAGUAUGUAUUAAACAUAGUGUAGUGGGGUUCAGGUUCGUUCAUACUGGCACUUGUUUCGCAAACAGAUUCUCAGUUUUUCAAAUGGCGGCUGAGUUUUCCUGUGCUUUGGUGCUAGACGGCACAGACUCUGGCAGCGUACUUCACCGAACAGACACGGAAUGCUGCACAGUACGCAUCCUGCACAGUGUGCAUCCUGCACAGUGCGCGUGCACAACACCGCAAAUAUGCAAGAACAGAGACACUCAAUUUUUUUGAUUGCCAGUUUAUAAAUUCAGUUAAGAGCUGUCUGUUGGGAAGAGACACUCCAGUAUGUAAUUUUUACAUAGGGUUUAUUAGGUGCUGUGCAGUCGGAUUGGGAGUGUUCAGGGAACAUACUGUGUAUGAUGAGGUACGAGUCCUAAAGACGUGUCUAAUAUAUGUGAAUAUGUAUGCAAUUUUUCUUAUUGUUCAGCUUGUACCACAGAGUCUAGAAGGAAGGGUUCCCUUUGCACGGCAUUUCAGGGAGUCCAGGUCUUAUCAACUGCGGGCUCCAUGGAGCGAGUUUCUGGCCUAUGCCUGUUGUUAGCAUCAAUGUUUCUGUCCUUACACUCAGAGACGUCAUUUUUGCCUUUUAGUCUUCCUUAAUUUGGUUAUGUUUUGCUUGGCUUCCUUGAAGUGAUCUUGCACACCAACCACAUUGUCCUGUCCGCUUGAAUUAUUAUACAAAGCCCUUAACCAUACCCACUCUAUAAGAUGGGCGGAGAUGUAUCAAGUGCACAUCUAAUGGAUUUUGUAUGCUGAGCAUGUAUAAGUUGCAAAGCUGGUAUAACAAAUGGAUUGGUUGUAUAUGUGUGCACAUUAUGAAUGAAUAUAUCAUGAAUGUGUGGCAGCAUAUAUUGAGUGUGUGUUCUAAGCAGAGAAACGAAGAUGAAACCGUGGAACUUGAGUCUGGGCUAAAAUGUUCUUUUCUGGAUGUCUCACCAUGGUGGUGGUUUUUCUUGUGUAUGCGCAAAAUAAUGUCUUUGUAAUGAUCAUAUUCCAACUCAAGCUGGGUGCCAGAAAAUAAAUUUUCUAUUUAAAAGUG